AUGGUGAGACGCACUUGGGACGCAGUCGUCGUUGGUGGCGGCGUCGUCGGCUGCGCCGUGCUGCGCGAGCUGACUGUCCGCCGCGGCUGGCGCUGCCUGCUCGUGGAGCGGCAGCCGCACCUCGUCGCCGGCGCAUCGGCCGGCAACACGGGCAUCGCGUGCACCGCGUCGGACGUCGCUACCGGCACGGUGGAGCACGCCUGCCUCUCCGAGGGCGCGCGCCUCAAUCUCCCCGCGUGGACGGAGCUCAACGUGCCGCACCGCCCGACGGGCUCGAUGUACGCCGCGUUUGACGCCGACGGCCUGAGCCGGCUCGAGGCGGAGCUGGAGAUGCGGCGAGCGCGCGGCGACCCGGACGCCGCGCUGCUGACGGCGGCCGAGGCGCGCGCGCGCGAGCCUGCGCUCGCGCCGUCGGUGCUCGGCGCACUGCUCGUGGCGGGCGAGGUGACGGUGGACCCUUGGCUGGCGCCGAUCGCGUACGCCCGGCACGCGCACGAGAACGGCGCCACGAUACAGCGCGGCAGAGAGGUGGCGGCCGCGGCGUGGGAGGGAGGUCGCUGGCGGCUGACCCUCUCUCCGGCGGAGGCGGAGGCCGAGGGGCCAGAGGUUGUGGAGGCGUCCGUCGUUGUGGCUUGCGGCGGGCUGCUCGGCGACGCGCUCGAGGCGCUGCACCGGCGGCCGCCCUUCGCGAUUAAGCCGCGGCGAGGCGACUUUUUGCUCUUUGACGGGUCGGCCCGUGCGCUCGUCGGCGCCACGCCCGUCGGUCAGCCGCCGGGCGACGUCUCGCGCGGUGUGUAUGUCUGGCGGUCGGCGCUCGGCGUUGUGGCGUGCGGCCCGACCGCGGAGCCCGUGAGGGAGGUAGAGAUGCCGCCGCGGGAGGAGGCGCGGCCAGAGGUGCGUGCGGCGCUGCUCGACGCGGCGUGCGCCGCCGUGCCGCAGCUCCGCGAGGCUGGUGUGGCGGGAUCCUACUCUGGCCUCCGGCCGGGAUGCGACCUCUCCGCCGACUACCAGAUCGGGCGCGCCGAGGGGUCGAGCUGGGUCACCGUGGGCGCCAUCCGCUCCACCGGCCUCACCGGGGCGCUCGGCAUCGCCCGCCGCGCAGCCGCACUCUGCGACGAGGCGUGGCGCGAGAGCGGGGCCGCAGCCGAGCCGCCGCCCCCGCCGGGCGGCGGCGCCGUGCGGACGACGCCGCUGCCGCCGCUGCACGAGAUUGCGGCCUCGUACCGCGCGCGCGCCGACGGGAGCGUCGUCUUUGGCGCCGACGAGGCGGGCUUCGGCCCGCACCUCGUGACGCACCCGCUGACGGCGGCAGGGCUGGACGCGCAGCUCGCGGGGAUGCUGCGCGGGACGGCGUUAUGA